GGGAGCCAUUCCGCCCUCCCUGCUGUGCCCCAAUUGGCUGCCACCAGCCCACAAGAGUUGCCGGGGUGAAGCACUCAGCAAACAACACUGCUGAGAGGGCUGAGUUGGAGGAAAUCCCCGAGAGAAACCAGCAAGGUGCCAAGCUCCCACCUCAGCAGCACCCAACCCCGGAGUGCAUGGGCAGCACCUCAGAUCAAAGACACGUUUGUUGAAAGCCACCAACACCUUCCAGGGUAACAACAUGGACACAAAAGGAGACAUCCCAGGGAAGGCGCCCAUGGGUAGCGACAUAGGCAAGACGGACUCCAAAGCUGCUGGCAUGAACCCCUAUGUGGGUUUGGUGAGCAGCCUGCGUGCUGCCUGGCUCACGGGGAAGACACGCGCUGCUGAGCACCGGGUCUCCCAGCUGGAGGCGCUGCGCCGCUUCCUGGAUGAGAAGAAACAGCCCAUCCUGGAUGCCAUGGCCUCAGACAUGCGCAAGCCCUCCUUUGAAGUGGAGCUCUCCGAGAUCAUCCUGGUCAAGAACGAGAUCAACUACGCUCUCAACAACCUGUCCAGCUGGAUGAAGGACGAGUUCGUGGAGAAGAACCUGGUGACUCAGCUGGACACGGCCUUCAUCCGGAAGGAGCCCUAUGGAGUGGUGCUGAUCAUCGGGCCCUGGAACUACCCCUUGAAUCUCAUCCUGGUACCCCUGGUCGGGGUCAUUGCGGCUGGGAACUGUGUGAUCAUCAAACCAUCCGAGAUCUGCAGCAGCACUGAGAAGCUCCUGGCUGAGACACUGCCCAGCUACCUGGACAAUGACUGCUUUGCUGUGGUGACCGGGGGCCCUGCGGAGACCACCCAGCUGCUGGAGAACAAGUUCGACUACAUCUUCUUCACGGGCAGCCCCCAAGUGGGCAAGAUCGUGAUGGCAGCUGCAGCCAAGCACCUGACGCCUCUGACGCUGGAGCUGGGGGGCAAGAACCCCUGCUAUGUGGCCGACGAGAGUGACCUGCAGAACGUGGCCAACCGGCUGGUCUGGGGGCGCUGCUUCAACGCGGGGCAGACCUGCAUCGCGCCCGACUACGUGCUGUGCAGCGCAGAGAUGCAGGAGAAGCUGCUGCCCGCCCUGCGCCACACCAUCACCCAGUUCUUCGGCCCCGAGCCCCAGGAGUCGCCCGACUUCGCCCGCAUUAUCAGUGACAAGCAGUUCCAGCGCAUCCAGGCCCUGCUGGGCAGCGGGCGCAUGGCCAUUGGGGGGCAGACGGACGAGAGGGAGCGCUACAUCGCCCCCACGGUGCUGGCGGACGUGCAGCCGUCCGACUCUGCCAUGCAGGAGGAGAUCUUCGGGCCUGUCCUGCCCAUCGUCACCGUGCCCAAUGUGGAUGAAGCCAUCGCCUUCAUCAACUGCCGGGAGCGGCCGCUGGCUGUGUACGUCUUCGCCUCCGACAGCAAGCUGGUGCACCGAGUGCUGGAGCAGACAAGCAGCGGCGGUUUUGGUGCCAACGACACCAUGAUGCAAACGACACUAAUCUCACUGCCCUUCGGUGGGAUUGGGAACAGCGGGCUGGGCUCGUACCACGGCAAGUUCAGCUUCGACACCUUCUCUCACCACCGCUCCUGCCUCCUGCGCAGCAUGGGCCUGGAGACCGUGAACGCCCUGCGCUACCCACCCUACAGCGAGCGCAAAAUGGGGCUGGUGACUUCUGCCGUCGAGAUCAAGCGCAAGGGCACCUGCGCCCUGCUGUGACGGGAGGGUCAGCCCAGCCCAGCCCCCCUGCACCGUACAACCCACUGGCUGCCUGACGGGAGUGACACCCAUGGGGGAGAAGGCCUGGCCGACCUUAGGAGGCCCCCUGCAAAGGGGUUAAAUAUUCUUUGUCCGACUCCUUCAUCUUCCUGGGAGAGGGGCACAGCUUCCUCCAUCCCAGCUCUGAGAACUCGUGACUGUCCUAGCCCAGCCUCUUGCUUCCUCAGCUCCAGCUGCUUGGGUGGUGGGGAGAGAGCUUCCCCCACCCCACAUCCCCCACAGAGACAGUUGCUGGGAGAGAGGAAAUGCUAAGGGGGCUGCCCAGGAAUGACCCCCCCCCCGGUCAGGUGUCUGCCCCACCAAGGAGACAUGUGGGCCAUGUAAUCCUAGUGGUGUCCUCUGACACUGGUGCCCCUGUCAGGCUGCUGCUGUUUUGCCCAGGAAGGGCAGUGCCAUCCUCCCAUUGCCUGCUGGAUCGGGGGGGCAGGUGUCCUGGAGCUGAAGGACCCUGCUCCGAGGGGGAUGAGGGCUGAAGGGGCAGUAAGGGCAGCCUGCGACCCAGCCUGCUGUCAAGGAAUCACUCCUGAUGCCCCUCUGCUGGCUUAGCUUCAUUCUCCCAUCAUGCUCUCUGCUGUCCACCAUCGCUGCCGGUGCCCCCUGCUCCAUGCUUUUCCCGGCGUAGAUUUUGGUUUAGUAAAGACUCGGCGUUGAACGCGCCUGCCUGGCCUGGUCCUGCAGGUCCUUCACCCUCCCUGGCUCUGGCUCAGGGGGCAGCAUGGGCAGGGCUGGGGUGAGGCCCCCAGAGAGGGGACUAGGCACAGCAGCCAGCAUGGCCAGAGUCUGCACCCCACCCCCAUCUUCUCCCUGCUGCUAAGGAGCAGCUUCUGGGAAAAUGAAAGACAAGGAGCAACAGCCGGGGGGAGCCCUGCGGGUUGGGAUUGAGGGGCACUAGCAAGGGGGGCAGGGCUGGGAUAGCAGGAGUCUGUGGGUCAGCACU